AUGACCCAACCACAAAUUCCUCCAGCGGGUAUCAGAAACAAGUUCGAUGAAAGCGCGAACGACGCUCUGACCUGGAGUGGAGGAAAGCGGCCUCAGACUCCUGAAACAAUAAAAAAGUACAGGCAAAGCACCGUGCAUGAACCGGGCAAAAUCGUCCGUCACCCUGGCCUUGCGGGGGACCCAGUACCGGCGGGUCCUUUUGGUGUUAAGACAGCCGCUGCUGGUGGCCAAAAUAUAACGGAGGCCAUCAAUACGUAUCCGGAGUCGGAGCUCGGUCGUUGGAAAUUGGAGCAGGCGGAAGCAAUUUACGCAAGUUCACAACGAGAGCCCUUGGGCCAUGGAUAUGUUCGUGGUCACAAGGUCCCUGCCGGUUUGGGGACCGAGCGCCCAUUCGGCAUUGCGUACGACUCUCGGGGCAAGGAACUGGCUCGCCAGGCAGCGACAGUCAUUUUCCCCACCGACAAGCCUGCAGAGGAGGACCCGGGGAUACGCAACAUGUACGUGCGGAGCCACGCCGACUACGCGCCGGCUGAGCAGCGGCGGCGCAAUUACGACUGGGCGAAGGCGGGAGUGGACCCGGUGACCCACCGGUUCGGGGCGGUGGAGCCCAACCCGGAGCGGGACGGAGUGCGCAAGGCCGUGCAGCCCACACUGGACCCCUCCCUGCAGGUCCCCCGCGUGUUGCCCAAGCUGCAUGAGGACUACAAAGCCACCGCCACGGACUACCUGGGAAAGCCCCGCCAGCUUGGAACAGGGGACCGCUGCCUUCCGCCCACCCACACGUUCGGGGUGCCAUCUAUGCGCAAGGGCCGGGAGGCAGGUGUCGCGGAGCUAAUGACAGGCUACUACAGCCCCGCGGAGCAGGAGCCGGAUGCUGACCUUGGGAAGAGCCUGCGGGAGGGUUUUAGGAACCAGAGCAAGACCGGUGAUGAAGCCCGCAGCUUCGGCAUUCCCACCAUCCGCACUGACCUGCGACUGCCCCGGCUGCGAUCCGUAGCGGACCCACAAAAUUACGGCAAUGAGUCGGAUGCGGGGCAGGUGCUGCGGCCCCCGCUCGCCGCCGACCUGGGCAUCUCGGAUGAGCAGUUCGUGGGCCUAAGGCCCAAGGAGGACAUACGGCAGUUGGUCCGGGAGGCGGGUCUCACGUUGACGGACGACGAAUUUGAUGCUGCCUGGGCACUCGCUGCCGAUGCGGACAGCGCGGGCGCCGCGGCCGCCACCGGUAUAACAGACACGACGGCGCAGCCCCGAGCUUGCAUCGACACAUUUUUCCGGGCACGACACCAUUUGCUCGCUCAGACGCUGCGAAUCCCGCCGCCCUUCUAG